AUGUUGCCAAGAACUAAUAGUAUGCCGUGGAUGGAUGGAAACAAAGAAUUGGAAGAAACAAAUUUAUGGACUCAAAACAAUAAUAAUGGCGGUUUGGAGACUAAAGUUGAUGCAGAACUUGGCGCGCUUUUUUCUUUUAAAUCUAUGCUUGAAUCUGAAAAUGAAAGCGGCAGGUACACGUCGGUCACUCCCACCGCGGCCAACAGCCAUGAAAUCAACAUGCAUGGCGGCAGCCACCAUGAACUGGGUAACAUCUCUUUUUCACCCAAAUUUACUGAUGCUAAUAAUAAUCAACUGGUUUUACAGCAAGUGGAUUCUUCUGCUUCAUGCUCACCAAUAUCUGCUUCAGUUCGCAAUUCUUUGGAUCCAUCUCAUCAGUUAAACUAUUUUCUGCCAAAGACAUCGACACACAUGAAUCCAAUUCACAACGAUCAUUUAGAGGGAAAAUUUGAUUUGGGUUAUGAUAAUGGGCUUCUUGAAAGUGCUUUUAAUCGGGGAACUGAGUUGCUGAAUAGUGGUUCCAAUGAUUCAAGUACUCACUUCCAAAUGGGCACUCUUAAUUGGAGCUCUAAUCAUCAGUUUUCAAAUACCAAUUUGCUUCAACUGCCUAAAUCCAGUGGGGGUUUUGGAGUACUGGGACUUGGGGAGGGUUCCAUGAAUGGGAAUCCAUUGUUCUUUAAUAGGUCUAAGAUUUUGAAACCUCUUGAUGAUUUUGCUUCAAUUGGAGCCCAAUCCAUACUCUUUCAAAAACGGGCUGAUCUAAGGAAGAAUCUUGCUAGUGGGAGUGCCAGCAAUUUGUCGGCUUUGAAUUUAGGUGGUGAAAUCAAUCAUUCUCAAAGUUCUACUAGCCUUGAAGGAUAUGACAAGAAGGGGGAAUUUAGUCAUGUAAAUGAGAGGAAGAGGAAAAACAGUAGCAGGGAUGAUGGGGAGGAUUUUAGCAUUGACGGGUCGAAUUUGAAUUAUGACACUGAUGAUCAAUUUCUCGAGAAUAGUACUAUCAAUAACGUGGAAGAGAGUGGUAAAAAUGGCGGAAAUAGCUCGAAUGCUAAUAGUACUGUCACCUGUGGUGGUGGUGGUGGAGCUCACAAGAGUAAGAGGAACGGGCUUCCAGCGAAGAAUUUGAUGGCCGAAAGGCGCCGGAGGAAGAAGCUCAAUGACUGGCUUUACUUGUUGAGGUCUAUUGUACCAAAAAUUAGCAAGAUGGACAAGGCAUCAAUACUAGGAGAUGCGAUUGAGUAUUUAAAGGAACUGUUGCAGAAGAUCAAUGACCUCCAUAAUGAACUGGAUUCCACCCCUUCUAGCUCUUCAUUGUCUCCUCUCUCGAUGGUCUAUCCUUGGAUGCCUACAACACCAGGCCAUCCGUGCUGUAUUAAGGAAGAACUAGGCCCAAGUGCAUUUGCAAGUCCAUUAUCUAGCCCAACAGGACAACCCACAAGGGUUGAGGUAAGGCUAAGAGAAGGAAGAGCCGUAAAUAUUCACAUGUUUUGCGGGUGCAGACCAGGCCUUUUGCUCUUCACUAUAAGGGCUCUGGAAAACCUUGGCCUAGACAUUCAACAAGCUGUGAUUAGCUGUUUCGAUGGGUUUGCAUUGGAUAUCUUUCAAGCUGAGGUAAGCUUAUUUCUUUCAAAUUUGAACACUCCUGUCCCCUUCCCGGCUUCCCCUUCCCAGGGCUGGUACCUGAAACAAUACUAG